GCUCCCAGUCCUGCUGCUGCUCCAGUGAGCGAGCGCCCAGCGCGUCCGUCCCGUCCAUCGCCCACAGCUGGUCGCCCGCCUGGUCCUCUCCGAGGCGGCCUCUCACCAACACCGACACCCACAUUGGCACGUCCUAGCGGGCCACCGCCUUAAUCGCUGGUUUUCCAUCGCUACACAUGGCCUCCUCCGCGCAGAGCGGCGGCUCCUCCGGGGGACCCGCGGUCCCCACCGUGCAACGGGGCAUCGUCAAGAUGGUGCUCUCAGGGUGCGCCAUCAUUGUCCGCGGGCAGCCUCGUGGAGGUCCUCCUCCUGAGAGGCAGAUCAACCUGAGCAACAUUCGCGCUGGAAACCUUGCCCGCAGGGCAGCUGCCACACAACCCGAUGCAAAAGACACCCCGGAUGAGCCCUGGGCAUUUCCUGCUCGAGAGUUCCUUCGGAAGAAGCUGAUUGGGAAAGAAGUAUGCUUCACGAUAGAAAACAAGACUCCACAGGGACGAGAGUAUGGCAUGAUCUACCUUGGAAAAGAUACCAAUGGGGAAAACAUUGCAGAAUCACUGGUUGCAGAGGGCUUGGCCACCCGGAGAGAAGGCAUGAGAGCGAACAAUCCUGAGCAGAACCGGCUUGCGGAAUGUGAGGAGCAAGCGAAAGCAGCUAAGAAAGGGAUGUGGAGUGAGGGGAACGGUUCACAUACUAUCCGGGACCUCAAGUACACCAUUGAGAACCCAAGGCACUUUGUGGACUCCCACCACCAGAAGCCUGUCAAUGCUAUCAUCGAGCACGUGCGAGACGGCAGUGUGGUCAGGGCCCUGCUCCUGCCAGAUUACUACCUGGUCACGGUCAUGCUGUCAGGGAUCAAGUGCCCAACUUUCCGACGGGAAGCGGAUGGGAGUGAAACACCAGAGCCUUUUGCUGCAGAAGCCAAAUUUUUUACGGAGUCUCGACUGCUUCAGAGAGAUGUCCAGAUCAUCCUGGAGAGCUGCCACAACCAGAACAUUCUGGGUACAAUUCUGCACCCGAACGGCAACAUCACAGAGCUUCUCCUGAAGGAAGGUUUUGCCCGCUGUGUGGAUUGGUCAAUUGCAGUCUACACACGGGGUGCAGAAAAGCUGAGGGCAGCUGAAAGGUUUGCCAAGGAGCGCAGGCUGAGAAUAUGGAGAGACUACGUGGCUCCCACUGCUAAUCUGGACCAAAAGGACAAACAGUUUGUUGCCAAGGUGAUGCAGGUGCUCAAUGCCGACGCCAUUGUCGUGAAGCUGAACUCUGGGGACUACAAGACCAUCCACCUGUCCAGCAUCAGACCACCGAGACUGGAGGGGGAGAAUACACAGGAUAAGAACAAGAAACUCCGUCCCCUCUAUGACAUUCCCUACAUGUUUGAAGCCCGGGAAUUUCUGCGGAAGAAGCUCAUUGGGAAGAAGGUCAAUGUGACUGUGGACUACAUUAGACCAGCCAGCCCAGCCACAGAUACGGUGCCCGCCUUUUCAGAGCGUACCUGUGCCACCGUCACCAUUGGAGGAAUAAACAUUGCCGAGGCCCUUGUCAGCAAAGGUCUAGCCACGGUGAUCAGAUACCGGCAGGAUGAUGAUCAGCGGUCCUCUCACUAUGAUGAACUGCUCGCCGCCGAGGCCAGAGCUAUUAAGAAUGGCAAAGGAUUGCAUAGCAAGAAGGAAGUGCCUAUCCACCGGGUCGCAGACAUAUCUGGGGACACCCAAAAAGCAAAGCAGUUUCUGCCCUUCCUUCAGCGGGCAGGUCGUUCUGAAGCUGUGGUGGAGUAUGUGUUCAGUGGUUCUCGUCUCAAGCUGUAUUUGCCAAAGGAAACUUGCCUUAUCACCUUCUUGCUUGCGGGUAUCGAAUGCCCCAGAGGAGCCCGGAACCUCCCAGGCUUGGUGCAGGAAGGGGAGCCGUUCAGUGAGGAGGCAACACUUUUCACCAAGGAGCUGGUGCUGCAGCGAGAGGUAGAAGUGGAGGUGGAGAGCAUGGACAAGGCCGGCAACUUCAUCGGCUGGCUGCACAUCGACGGCGCCAACCUGUCCGUCUUGCUGGUGGAGCACGCGCUCUCCAAGGUCCACUUCACCGCCGAGCGCAGCGCCUACUACAAAUCCCUGCUGUCUGCCGAGGAGGCCGCCAAGCAAAGAAAGGAGAAGGUCUGGGCCCACUACGAGGAGCAGCCCGUGGAGGAGUUGAUGCCCGUGCUGGAGGAGAAGGAGCGCUCGGCCAGCUACAAGCCGGUGUUCGUGACAGAGAUCACCGACGACCUGCACUUCUACGUGCAGGAUGUGGAGACAGGCACCCAGCUGGAGAAGCUGAUGGAAAACAUGCGCAAUGACAUUGCCAGCCACCCUCCCGUUGAGGGCUCCUACGCCCCCCGCCGGGGCGAAUUCUGCAUCGCCAAAUUCGUAGACGGAGAAUGGUACCGCGCCCGAGUAGAGAAAGUCGAGUCUCCUGCCAAAGUACACGUCUUCUACAUCGACUAUGGCAACAGGGAGAUCCUGCCGUCCACCCGCCUGGGCACCCUGCCGCCUGCCUUCAGCACCCGCGUGCUACCAGCUCAAGCCACAGAGUACGCCUUUGCCUUCAUCCAGGUGCCCCAAGAUGAGGAUGCCCGGACCGACGCAGUGGACAGCGUGGUGCGGGACAUCCAGAACACGCAGUGCCUGCUCAACGUGGAGCACCUGAGCGCCGGCUGCCCGCACGUCACCCUGCAGUUCGCUGACUCCAAGGGGGACGUGGGGCUGGGCUUGGUGAAGGAAGGGCUGGUCAUGGUGGAGGUGCGCAAGGAGAAGCAGUUCCAGAAAGUGAUCACAGAAUACCUGAACGCCCAGGAGUCAGCCAAGAGUGCCAGGCUGAACCUGUGGCGCUACGGAGACUUCCGAGCUGACGACGCAGAUGAGUUUGGCUACAGCCGCUAAGGAAGCACCGGGUCUGACCCCCAGCACCGCUCACGCCAGCACCCCUUCUUCUGCCGGGAGGGUGUUUUCAGCUCCAGACCUCAAAUCGGGGCGUAGAUUGGGUCCAGCUUUGCUUCAGUGUCUGGGAAUGUCUCGUAGGGUGGCAUCUGGGCAGGGGGUGGGAAGAGCCCCCCACCACCACAGCUUUCAGGGGGCAGGCAUUGUCUUCCAAGAGGACAGGCACUGCCCUCCGCUGUCUCUCCCAGCUGAUUUUGUUUCUGUUUGGAGAUUUGUGGGGUUUUUUGUUUUUUUUUUUCAAUUGUCCUCAAAUCAGGAAGAAACGUGAAAGACUUUGUCCUAAUCGGGGGCUUAAUCCUAGCCCCAAGGCCGGCUGCCGACUGGCACCCCACGUCCACCCCAGACCGUCUUUCUCCCUGGCUCUCUGUCCAGCUGUUACGUGGUUUUUCUGAUACGUCCAUUCUCAAAUGCCAGCGUGUCCACAUCUGCCCCUUUGCCCCAGCCCUCCCUAUUUCUGUAUUUAAAGCUUUUGAGGCCCAAUAAAAUAGUACAUGCUGUCUGCA